UUUAUUAGACCAAGGUUCAUUGUUCGCCGGAGUUCUCCUUUAAUGAAGAUGCUGAAGACAAAACGCCAAGGUUUGGCUGCAUUUCACAUGUAACAUUACUAAGGGUGUCACGAUUUCGCUUUUAAAUCGAAAUCGAUCAAAAUUAAUUCAGAAUAUUCGAUACUGCCAUAACCCAUAUCACGUCCGUUCGGCUUGCCAAGCGGAAAAAACAUGCGUGUUGAAGUGCUGCGAGUCUAUAGUCAACCUCCUCUAACAUGAUCAACUCUUACUAUUCGUGUAAACAGGACUUUUAAUUUGCUCUCUGAGUGUGACGUCAUAAGGCGGCGACGCGCUCCCGCAUCUGUUUUGAUUCGGCUGAAGAAAGAACAAACAGGAAAAACUGUUAAAGCGACUGAGGUGAUAAAGAUGGCGUUUAUUAAAGAGGAGACUGAAGACAUGAAGAUUGAAGAAACAUUUAGUGUGAAACAAUUAGACACUGAGGAACAAACAAAGAUGGCUUUUACUAAAGAGGAGAGUGAAGACAUGAAGAUUGAAGAAACAUUUAGUGUGAAACAAUUAGACACUGAGGAACAAACAAAGAUGGCUUUUACUAAAGAGGAGAGUGAAGACAUGAAGAUUGAAGAAACAUUUAGUGUGAAACAAGAAGAAACUGAGGAACAAACAGACCCGAUGCCGUUGAAAGAGGAGAGUCAAGAUUUGAAUGAAAUGGUAAAGAAAGAUCAGGACAAGAAGACACAUCAUGAUUUCAGAACUGACGAAAAGCCUUUGAAUUGCUCACAGACUCAAACAACUUCCUCACAAAAAAUGGCUCAAAAGACAGGAAAUAUAGGUGAUUACACCUGCCAUCUGUGUGGACUAAGUUUCAGAAAGCAGGGAAGUCUUGAAGUCCACAUGAGAGUUCACACUGGAAGGAAGCUUUACCCCUGCGAACAGUGCGGAGUAAUUUUCAAUCAACAAGGAAACCUUAAAGUCCACAUGAGAAUUCACACUGGAGAGAAGCCUUUCACCUGCUCUCAGUGUGGAAAGAGUUUCAGGCAAAAAGGAAACCUUAAAAGUCACAUGAGAGUUCACACUGGAGAGACCCCUUACACCUGCAAACAGUGUGGAAUGAGCUUCAGUCAAAAAGGAAACCUUAAAAGUCACAUGAGAGUUCACACUGGAGAGAACCCUUACACCUGCAAACAGUGUGGAAUGAAUUUCACUAGGAAAGGAAGUCUUUCAAAACACAUGAUUGUUCACAAAACAAAGGACUCUUUAACAUGCCAAUGUUGUGGAAAUACUUUUAAACAACAUGGAAACCUUAAAGUUCACAUGAAAAUUCAUUCUGGGGAAAAGUUGAAUAAAGUUAAAUAAACAUUUUUUACGUUAGUGUUUAUGCAAAUGAAAGUAUGCCGACACGACACUUUACGUACUGAUACGCUCAUGAGAUCAUGAUAUACACAUUUUUGUAACAGCAAGACCUAAAAAUGAAAAAUUAAAAAAAAUUAAAUUAAAAUUGAAACAUGUUUAUGUGUGAUGAAUAGUUAAGACUUGAGAUUAGGGGAUGCAAAAAAACUUUGUGUGAUGAUUUAUUCAUGUGUUUACUGCAGUGCUGACUGGUAAAGGUCCAGAGAGUUGUCUUCUCUA